AUGAUUUUAUUGUGGUGGCCGGUUGCGUGCUACCAGCUUGCUAAACCCGUUUUACAGUGUUUGGCCAAAAAUCAUACCCCGAUCGCUCCAGCCGCCGGGCAUGUUGCCGGAAAUUUAUACGACUUAGAUACUCGGUUUAUCUUUGAGCUGAUUCAAAAUGCCGAGGAUAAUCGUUAUGACUCAGUGUUAAGUCGUAACGAGUUCAUAUAUCAACUUCACGAUGGCUUCAAUGAGCAAGAUAUCCGCGCCAUCCGCAGCAUCCAUAACAGCAGCAAACCUCUGAAUGGCGGCUAUAUAGGCCGUCAAGGAAUCGGGUUCAAGCUUUUUUUCAAGGUUGCUCAAGGACACACUCUUCUAUUCCUUCGGAAGUUCCACAAGAUUAUAGUAAACGUGAGACCAUCCGAGAAAUCGACUUUUUCAUAUGCUUCAUACGAGUUCUGUCGAAGUGCAACAGAGGCUUCAACGACGCUUAACAUCAUUAUCUGCAAGACCACAGUUUCUGACCUACCCGAGCAUUCCAGUCGCCAGGGGCAAAAUGAUGCAGAAAUAAUCCUCACUUUCCCAAUCAAUGCAUCUUUAAAGCCAAUCAAAGAGCCCCAAUAUGUCUAUUCUUUUCUACCAAUGCAUCGAGAUGGUUUCAAUUUUCUAACUCAGUCAGAUUUCAUCACACAGUCAAGUCGCCAAGGAAUCCAUCACUGUCCGAGAAAUUACGCCAUUCGCAAUGGCAUCUGCUAUUUGUUUGUUGAGGCAGUGCACUAUAUCUGUCACCAAUGGUCACUACUGUACGAAUGGCUACAGUACCUUGCCAGCCUUCAUAUUACGGACCCAUUUUGGAGCGAUGUUAGGGGGACAAGAUUUGACAGACUCAAAAGCAGCCAAAUCCUGCUGAUAUGGAAGGAUGAUCUUAAGUAUCUGGAAUCAUUGCAGCAUCUUUCUAGCCGACAUUGUGCUCACCGUGCUCAGUCAUUGUUUGAUGAUUUGGAACAUGAGGUUUACCUAUCACGCCACUACAAUUUGUCACAGCAUACAGAUGCCCUGAUAGAAUUGGGCGUGAGAAGUCAUCCUUACGUUGCGCGGCGUAUCAAGAAUGUGCCCCUUAUUCCAGUCUCUAAUGAAUCACGCUUGAAAAAUUCGGCCUCGAGAACAUAUUUUCACAGUGAUAGCAAAACCUUUGCUAUCCCGGGGAAUUUGAAGUUGAAAAUAGUCCACCCCAAAGCGCUGGGGAACCCAUCCAGGAGAGCUCUUUUUGGCACACUGGGAGUGACAUACUGCGCUUUGGGGGAUGAAGUGUUACUAGGUAACCGAAUAUAUAUUGUGGAUCAACAUGAAAGGCCCGUAUAUCGCGCACGUGUGCCAUACUCUGUGGAUAUUAUAGUGGAUGACUUGUACUUCCAAACGUCUGAAAGAUGUGGGACCAAGAAGCUAUCACGGAAGCUUGGGAGUGAUGGUUGGCCCACAGAUAUGCUGUUUAUUUAUAAAACCUACCCUGAUGCUAUCUCGACGGAGGCAAAAAGCAACGGCUUGUCAUGGGAAGAAUGGCUAGAAAGAAGGGCGUCGCUUUCAACCUUGUUCCAGAACGUUGUAAUCAACCAUCCACUUACACUGGUUGACAUUUUGCAAACCUACUGGCGUAACUACCGAGAGCAAAUCACGCCCCAGAUUAUUGAAACCAUUAAGCAUACGGAUGUUCCAUGCCAAAAUACCGAUGCGUUGACCACCGAUGGAUGGGAAUUUCUCGCUGAAUUCGAGGUUGGUUUGAGUCCUGGUAUAGUUCUCAUGGAGCAGGUGCUCUAUUUUCUCAAAAUUAUAUCUCUCCUGGAUCAGAUGCAGAAUGGUUUCUUUGCGAUAUACCGAGACUUCUCAAUCCAAUUCUAUGACAGAGAUUCGAGCCAAGUGUGUGAUCUCUUCCGCAUUUGGGAAACAGUCUAUAUUUCAGCCACAGAAACAAGGCCUGCGCGAAUAGCAUCACAUCAGCAGUGCAUGUGGAGAGGAAAUCACUGUCUGCGUGGUAGGUAUCCCCUUGCAAUGUAUCAAGAAUAUUCAAAUGACCCAAUAUGGUGCAUUUGUUCAAAAAAUGCUUUGUGCUUUUGA